UGCGUGUGCGUGUGUGUGGGUGGUGUGUUUUCUCCUUUUCUUCCUCUCCUCUGCCUGUUCUGCUGGGGGACUUGUGAAUGGCAGCCAAUGGGAGGGUAGAGUCCCCUCAGCCUCUCUGACAUCCACACAGCGAGAAGUGAUGCAGCGCCGCUGAGACGCGCAGUCGGCAAGGAACGACGGGCAACAAAAGCCGCAGCGAGCGGAUACUCCGCGAUCCGGCGUGCGGGGUUGUUUUUUUUACCUUUUGCGGGUUUUUUUUUUUUUUUUUUACUAUUCUGUGCGUCGUGGGAAAAUCUCUCUGCGCUGGAAUAAACUUCAACAAUCAGGCGCCGACUGACUGCCGCCCAACACGAGUCCUGCCUCAGCAGAUCGCAGCAUGAGAGGUCAGCUGAUCCUCUGACCAGGAAGCGGCGUACGCGGACCAGCGGCGCGGUUUGAGGCUUGCUGCUGCUGUGGUUAUGGAUCGGCGGAGACUCUGCGCUCUUAUGAUGCUGUGGGCCGUGGUGCAGCUCAGCUGUCCGGGCUGCAGCCUCAGGGCGCUGCGAAGGACUACAGGGGGGCGGAGAGGGCUGACGGGUCAGGACGCCAACGGAGUCCCGCUCCGGCGCUCCAAACGGGGCUGGAUGUGGAACCAGUUCUUUCUGCUGGAGGAGUAUACUGGGACGGACAUGCAGUACGUGGGAAAGCUCCACUCGGACGGCGACAGAGGAGACGGCAGCGUGCGUUACGUCCUCACCGGCGAGGGCGCCGGGACGCUCUUCAAGAUCGACGAGAAGUCUGGCGACAUCCACGCCACCAAGAGGCUGGACCGCGAGGAGAAGGCCUACUACAUCCUGCACGCCAAGGCCGUCAACCGGCUGACCAACGAGGCGCUGGAGGGCGAGUCCGAGUUCAUCAUCAAGAUCCACGACAUCAACGACAACGAGCCGCGCUUCACCAAGGACCCGUACAUCGCCCGGGUGGCCGAGAUGUCCGACGUCGGCACCUCGGUGAUCCAGGUGACGGCCACAGACGCAGACGACGCCACCUACGGGAACAGCGCCAAGGUGGUGUACAGCAUCUUGGAGGGUCAGCCGUACUUCUCCGUGGAUCCAGAAACAGGUCUGAUCAAGACGGCGCUGCCCGGCAUGGACCGCGAGGUGAAGCAGGACUACCAGGUAGUGAUCCAGGCCAAAGACAUGGCGGGCCAGAUGGGCGGGCUCUCAGGAACCACCACGGUCAGCAUCACCCUGUCGGACGUGAACGACAACCCGCCGCGCUUCUCCAAGACCCUGUACGAGUUCAGGGUGCCCGAGUCCAACGAGUUGGGCUCCACGGUGGGAGUUAUCCACGCCAUGGACGCCGACAUCGGCCAGAACGCCGAGAUGGACUACCGGAUCAUCGGGAGCGACGGGCCGGGCGUGUUCGACGUCUACGCCAACAGGAGCACGCAGGAGGGCGUCAUCGUGCUCAGAAAGCCUCUGGAUUACGAGAAGAAGCGUCAGUACAGCCUCCGCAUCCAGGUGGAAAACGUCCACAUCAACCCGCGCUUCUACUCCAUGGGGCCCUUCCGGGACGAGGCCAGCGUCAAGGUGGUGGUGGAGGACGUGGACGAGCCGCCCGUCUUCGAGCGCCCCAGCUACAUCAUGGAGGUGAGGGAGGACGCGGCGAGGAACACCAUCAUCGGGUCGGUCAGCGCGUCGGAUCCGGACGACAAACACAGCCUGGUCAGGUACACCAUCGACCGGCGGACAGACAUGGACCGAGUGUUCAACAUCCACGCAGGAAACGGCUCGGUGUUCAUCCUGCGGGAGCUGGACAGAGAGGAGAACGCCUGGCACAACGUCUCCGUCAUCGCCACAGAGUUCAACAACCCGCGACAGAUAAGCCGUGUGCCUGUAUACAUCAGAGUGCUGGACGUCAACGACAACGCUCCAACAUUUGCCACCAAUUAUGAGACAUUUGUGUGUGAGAACGCCAAGGCUAAUCAGAGGAUACAAAUCGUGAGCGCCACGGAUCGAGACGAGCCGCUCGGAGGACAUCGCUUCAUCUUCAGUCUGGCGCCGGAGGCCGUCGGCAAGGCCAACUUCUCCGUUCGUGACAACAAAGACAACACGGCCUGGAUCCUGACCAGGAGGAACAGCUACAACAGCCUCCAGAAGAGCGUGUACCACGUCCCGGUGGUGAUCACGGACGGCGAGUUCCCGGUGCAGAGCAGCACCAACACGCUCACCAUCAGGGUGUGCACCUGCGACCGCGAGGGCAACAUGAAGCUGUGCAACCCGGAGGCGCUGACGGCGAGGGCGGGGCUCAGCACCGGCGCCCUGGUGGCCAUCUUGCUCUGCGUCGUCAUCCUGCUCAUGAUCGUGGUUCUGUUCGCCGCCCUGAGGCGCCAGAGGAAGAAGGAGCCUCUGAUCAUCUCCAAGGAGGACGUCAGGGACAACGUCGUCAGCUACAACGACGAGGGCGGCGGAGAGGAGGACACGCAGGCCUUUGAUAUCGGCACGCUGCGCAACCCGGAGGCCAUCGAGGAAAGCAAGCAGCGGCGGGACAUCAUCCCCGAGACCUUCUACCCGCCGGUCCGACGGGCCGUGGCGCCGCCGCCACCCAGCCGGGACAAUAACGGCGAUGUGAGGGACUUCAUCAACCAGCGCCUGCAGGACAACGACAGCGACCCCACGGCGCCGCCGUACGACUCGCUGGCCACCUACGCCUACGAGGGCAACGGCUCGGUGGCGGAGUCGCUCAGCUCGCUGGAGUCGGUGACCACCGAGGGCGACCAGGACUACAACUACCUGAGCGAGUGGGGGCCGCGCUUCAAGAAGCUGGCGGACAUGUACGGCGGCGACGACAGCGACUCCUAACAAGAACCCAACGCACGGACGGAGGAGCGACAUGAAAUCUGGACCUUCAGGCGGUUUGGGCCUGUGGAGGCGCGGCCGGCGCGAACGUCGGGUUUCGGCGCGAACGUCGGGUUUCGGCGCGAACGUCGGGUUCCGGCGCGAACGUCGGGUUCCGGCGCGAACGUCGGGUUCCGGCGCGAACGUCGGGUUCCGGCGCGAACGUCGGGUUCCGGCGCGAACGUCGGGUUCCGGCGCCGUCCAGCCGUCCCUCCGGUGACCAGACGUAGGCUUUGUGUGUCCAGUCAGUGUUAGUUGCGUUUUUGCAGGGACGCAGUGAAGACUUUUUAUCCUUCACUUUUGUUUUUCCUGUGUGUGUAUCCAGGGUCCAAACGAGUCCCGAAUCUAUAGACAGAUUUUAUUUGGUUGUUUUUUAUUUUUUCCCCGAAGCUGCCUGAGACUUCCAGACUCUCCACAAGCAGCUUGGUGACCAACGGAUAUGCCGACGUAUUUUCAGUGUUUCUGGGACUAAAACAUGCUGCAUAUUGUGAGUUCUAUCUUAGCUUGUGUACGUACGGUAAUAUGACUCAGUCCGCUGUACAGUUUCCUUUUCUAGGGAUUUUUAUCUCUCCCCACUUCUUCAGUCUGAACUUCAUUCACCUCAGAUCGACACGGGAGGCUGGAGCUGCGUUUCCAUUCACCGUAAAAACUACACAAAUUGUGACUAUAAAAAUAAAUUUGCCACUUUCUUAAAAAAAACCCCCAAAAGAGAUUGUUUUCAGUUGCUAUGCAGGACUCCAACCACUAGAUGGCAGUGAAGAGCUUCUAACACAAUUGAUGGUUUGCGUUCAAUAACAGGCAUUGAAAUAAAUACUCCACCCACGGCUUUGUGGUGGUUUGUUGUAAAUUUACAAGUUGUUAAAUGAUUUCAUCUCAAAUAUCUUCAUUAGCUGCGUUUUAAUUAAAUGUUUUCCACUGGUGGAAAUGGCAAAGAAGACGACAGGAAGUAGAUGGAGAUUAAUGGCGCGGCAUGGUUUUAACACGUUUCUUAUUUCAUGGAAACGCAGCUUCUGUCUUCUACACACCAAUAUAACGUUAAAUGUAAACAGUUUUGAGGUUUUUGUUGUGAGGUGAUGGAUUAUUUCCUCCCAGGAGAGGGAAGUUUAAGAACUACCUGCACAGAUUAGUUUUAAUCUGAUCCAAUAAGGAAAAUACUGGUCUUGAUAAAACUUCUUGCUGACUUUACCAGAAAUGAAUGAAGUUCUGAAUCAUGUUCCUUUUUAUCCAGGUAGAAAGUUUUGGUUCUACGCAUCUAAUUGACAGCUUGCAAAGUAAAAGUAGAGUUACAGCGCGACCAACCACUAUUUUAUCCGUCCACUAAACUUUCUAUUAACAUGCCAAUGUUUUGUGGUUGUUAUUUCGGAAAAUUUGAAUAUUACAAGUGGAGAUUGAGCUUUUAAAAAUGAAUGAAAAUAGAUCAUUUUCCCAGGAAUAAAGCCUCAUUGGCCUCCAGAACGUCUGAAUCAAGUCCUGGAAUUGAUAUUUUGUACUCAGAAGCAGCAGUUGUGCAACAGAAAUGUGCCAAAAAGCAAAGAGGACCAGUAUUUUCCUUCCUCGCGCCUCAUUACAUGCACUGUACCUCGCUGUGGAGCCAGAGCAAACGCUGGGCUUUACCCAGCUGAUUUCCUGCGGGACCUCCAGCCUCCUCCAUAAAGAUGCUUAUCGAAGGGGCACCUGACCUUUGAGCGGCGCAGAAUUAGGCUUUUAAACCCAGAAGAUUGUCCUCGGCUCGGAGAGAAGGUCAGCGCAUCGACGAGGACACACGAGAGGUUCGCUUUAAAUGUGAUUUGGAAAACAAAGGCGAGCGAUCCUUAAGCUGCAGUAUUAACAGAAUUAGUCAAAGACCUUCUGAAGAUGAGUAAACAGCUCUGAGUUCAGCCCAGUGUCUGUUUCUGAGAGGGAGAAACUACAACAUGCUCUGCCCUCACUUGAACAAAAGGCCAACCUGUGAAGAGGCUGACAUUUGUUAGACAUUUGGAAAAGAAAUAACACAACGGCAUAAUCGCCAAAGAGCUACUUUCUUCUCUCCGUCUGUAAUGGUGACGGCUGUUAAACAUGCUGGCUGAUUAUAGAGGCUGGAAAACUCUGAGAGGUUACAAUAAAACAUUGUUUUGUUUAUUAACUUCAGUUUUCAGAUUGAAACAGUGUUGCUAUGAUAAGCAUUUAAUCAUCAGCACAGGAAAACAGGCAGGAGGACCAAAUCUGGCUAACUGCUAACCCUGAUAACCUAGCAACCAGUGGUGACCAAUGACAAGGUGACAACUUGUCUGAAAAUAAAACCAAAACAUGCAGCAAACUGAAAUAAAGCAGCAGCAUACACCAAGCUAACGGCUAGCUUGACCAAUAAUGGGAUCAUGCUUUCAUUUUUAGCACAAGUUUUAAAUCUGAUCACAAAACUCUGAUAAAUAUAACAAUUUUCCAGGUCCAACUUUGAAAACCAGUCUAACAGAUAGCUGUCCAGUUUUAUGCCUGACUAAUUUAACCACCUUAACAGAAAUGAAAACAAUAUGUGGCGGCCAUGUUUUUUUAACCCAAUUUCUAAAAGUUUUAUUUAAAAAUCAUUCAAGCUGACUUACCAAACUUUGAAUAAAUCAAUAAAGAUUGAAAUUUCUUCAGCCAGAAAAUGAGAAUUAUUGUGUUGCUAGCUACUAUUAGCAUAGUAAAGAGUAAAGAGAUCCAGUUAGAUCACAUUCAGAAGAAAGCUUUAUGGUUCAUUCUCCUCCUAAAAUCUAAAUCUUUUCUUCUGUCCGAUUAUUCGACCAACAUGUUCAGAUUAAGAACCCACAGACUUGCACCUUUCUCUGCUAGACUUAAGCUAAUAAUGCUAACAAUGAGCAUCUGCAGCACUGCAUCGCCAAUAUUGCAGAUUGCAUUUCAUUUAUUAAUGUAAAUGAUUAGAUUCAAUACACAGAAGCUGACAAGGAUUUUAACAUUUAGCUAGUAGCACUGAAGCUAUCCAAAUUAGCUGCUUACAUUUCUCACAGAAAAGCUACAGUAUGCUAAUUCCUGCUGCCUUGAGUUUGGUAAGAAAAAGAACCGAGUUACUACUGCAGAGUUCCCAGUAAUUUUUACAUUUCACAAAUAAAAGUUGAAAGUUACAUUCCCACCCAAGCUUGAUAACCAUCCACUUCUUUGGCUACUAGCAUUUAAAAUAUUAGCUGCUUUAAAGAAGAAAUGUUAUUGUAAGUGACCACUUCCCACUGUCUACAUGUUUUUAUGCUAUGAUCAAGUCGACUUUCUAGUAGGUUGAUCAUUAUCAUGGGGUCACUAAUAAAUAUCCAAGCUAAUCAGCAGUAACACUUUCUGAUUAGAGUAAUGACAGUUAGCAUCAUUAGCAUUAAAAUUCAGAAUUUAGUUUUAACCAACAUAUGCCUGAUAAUUAUUAGCAUUACUAACAUGUCAAACUUGACAAAUAGCAUCUUAAUAGUACUAAACUAGCCAGUCUUCCACUUUGGUUACUAGCAUUUCAAUGCUAAUCAAGCUACAUACUUAUGCAAGACAAAAUAAAUUUUAGAGUUUGCUACCUGUUCCUACUGACUACCUGGUUGUUGUACAAUCCAACAAGUUCAUUGUUAGCAUAGCAAGGCUGCUGAACAUAGCAAAAACCUAGCAUGACUCAAGAAUCACUGCGUUAGCUUCAUAAUGCUAGCACAACAAGCUGUAUUAAACUUCUACAUGCUAAUGAUUAGCAUUACAAAGUGGCUAAAGUAUUAAACUUUGAUUUCAUGGUAAAGCAUCUUUGACACGGGUUGAAAAAUGCUACAUAAGCCUGAUGACAUUUAAUUUUACAAACUGGCUUCUGCUUUAGCAACUAGCAUUUGGAGGCUAACUAAACACUUCUGGAUUUUUGUCUAGGCUAGUAGAGUGGGUUGUCUUGUUAAUGUCACCACUGCAGGUUGCUACAUUUUCAAGGCUAGCUAAUUAUCAGCCAGGUAGCUAGCUGGCAUUUUUCAGCUCGAUUAUGUUAAUUUAGCUACAAAUGGAUGUAAACAGAAAAGUGUUUUAUUUUACCGUUUCCAUACGGGGUGUAAUCAUGUCACCAUUAUUGGGUUUCUCUUUUCUUUCUCUUGCUGUGAGGCAAACGGUUGGAGACACUGAAGUCCAGAUGCAGUAGAUCUGUGGUUGUUGAUGUGCAGACGCGGUGGGCCUCGCCUCUUCUAUGCUAUAAAUCCGUCGGUGGCAAUGUGGUUGACUUUUGUUUAUGUAGAAACAACCCGAGAACUAGUGGUAGUCCGCGGAGGCCCGACGCGACCGGCCAUUCAUCACUCUGCUUUGUAAACCGUGAUAUUUUGUACUGAAUAUUUAUAUGACAUAUUAAAUAUGUUUAAAAUGA